GCUUGCCUGGCUUGUGGGCAGGAACACAGUCGCGCCGGAAGUGACGUUACCGGGGCGGAGCGCCCGCCAGAUUUGAAAAAGUGACGUGAGGGGUAGCGCGGCGGCCUAGCUGUGUGAAUCUCACUCCUCUCGGGUCAGACCCGCAAAAUGGAUCUCUUAACGUUUCCCAGAUAUAAUCCUAGUGACAUCAUAACUCACAUCCGCAAUCAGAUCCUAACAGGAUCCGAAGCUAAAAACCUCUCCAAAAAUGACUUGUUUCCAAAUCCCAAGCGUGAGGUAUUGCACAUGAUCUUCAUGAGAACCUUGCAGAAUGUGUAUGGAAUCCGUCUGGAGCACUUCUAUAUGAUGCCGGUCACUGUUGACAUAAUGUAUCCACAGAUUGUUGAAGGCUUCCUACCUAUUUGUAACUUGUAUAUUAAUAUGGAGCGUUUUCUUCCGGUCUGCCGUAUUAAUGACUUUCAGCUUGCUGAUGUCAUAAAUCCAAAAGCAAAGCGGACAGCUCGUUUCUUGAGUGGCAUUCUUAACUUUAUUCACUUCCAAGAAUCGCGCCGUGAGAUCUACAUGGAAUUCCAGUGGGCAUAUAAAUCAGCUCUGGAAAAAAUACAGCAACUGCAGACAGCAAAUCAGGAGGCAGCAGUGAAGCUAGAGAAACUUGACACGAUUCCAGUAGAGCAAAAAGCAGAGUUCAAGCAGCUGUCUGAUGAUAUUAAAGAACUGCAGCAAGUACUAAACCAGGACUAUCGUCAAAAAACGACAGCUUUGCAAGAAGUGACUUCCCAAAAGAAAGCAGAAGUUGCAGAGAGAACUCGAAGUCUGAAUCAGCUAAAAGUGACAAUGGCUACUUUGAAAGAAGAACAAGAGCAACUGAAAUCAAAAAUUGUAGAGUCUCCAGAGGAACUGAAGAAUUACAAAGAACAUAUGAAGGAGACUGUCCAGAAACUCAAGAAAACCAAGCAAGAGGUUAUUGAGAAGUAUGAAGGUUAUCGAGACCUAGUUGAGAUUCUGCCAUCAUGUCAAUUGGAGGUGCAAUUAUACCAAAAGAAAAUGCAAAGCCAAGGAGCAAAUGUGGAGAGAAUGGCCAAUAUCUCAUCAGAGGUCAGAAAUCUCGAGGACCAGAUUGAGAAUGGCCAGAUAGAGUUGAAGAAUGCUGCGACAGAUGAAAUGUCCUUAAAGAGACUGGUCAAUGCUAAGCGUGAGAAGCUGUCUACAGCUGAAAUAAGGAUAAAGAAGAAACAGGAGGACGUUGAGCAGUACAAGCGCACAGUAUUUGAGUAUUGUAACAGAGUUCAGGAGAAGAGAGGGGCUGUCUAUGAGAAGGUGACGGUGAUUCACAAGGAAAUCCAGCAAGUCAGAUUCAAAGUCCAGCAGCUGAACGAGAACACUGAAAAGGAAAAAAUGAAAGCACAGGAUGGGUCAGGAUCCCAGCCAGAACAGCCCGUAUCACAGGAUUCCAGCAAUUCCAUUCAGGGCACGAGGUAGCAGCAAGGGAUGGUGGCAAGAAUGGAGACGAUAACAAUACUUUACCUCUCCCUGACCAAACCUGACAUUUUCUGUGCCCAGCAUUCCUGCUCAUGCAGUCCGAUGGACCCGGAUUGUGCUCCGUGCAGCACCAUUGCUCCGAGGGCUACUUGCUGCUGGCUGACAGAGGCUAAGGGAGGGGUAUGGAACUGUGAUCUCCCAAGAAGCAGAGUUAAGGCCUCGCCCUGAUGUUGCACAGCAAUUUCCAAGGCCAUCAGUGUAUGCAUGAAAGUGUGAGAGCAUUCACCUCUAAUGCGAAACGCCAUUCCACCCUAAACUGUGGAGUCAUGGCCAUGCCCCCACUGAUAACAGAAAUAACUGAGUGUGAAUGACCACCAGCUCCGCUAACAGAAUUAAUCCCUCUCCCUGUGGACAGUGCCCCGACUCCACCAGCAUUUCAUCUCAAGUAUGGUAGUAUUUGGAUGAACAGUUGCAUGUUCUGGGGUAAUAAACGCUCAUCUCCCACAAAAUGGUUCUCUAAGGAAUGGGAAAUGUGCCCCAGGGAGAAGAUCGUGGUGAGAAAACAAAUGGAAGUUACCUAAGUAUCUGGCUCUCCUAUGUUGACUAGCCUGCCUGGCAGUCAAGCUGCCUAGUUUCUAUUUGUCUACUACAUUCUGUAAUCUCUCUCCAUGCAAUCUAGCUGAAAUAGAUCCUUUGGACACUUUGUUUACUCAUUCCUUCCAGACCUCCAGUAUUGCUGAGCUGUCAGUGACAUUCAUAAAACAAGCAACAAGAGUAAUCCUGCGUAAGAAAGGGGUGCAAACAAGGGAGAUAAUGGUGGAAGUGAUGCUGUUAACAAUGUAUAUAUGUGCAGGAUGUUGUUUUACUAAAGGAGAUAACAUUUUCAGUUCUACAAUACUAAGAGGGGUAUUAGUGUGACAGUGUGGUAAUAUUGUGAUAAUGGGCUAAUGCUCUGAGAUUGGCAUUGAGUUGGGCAUAAAUUAAUUUCUGAUUUCUUGGCUAUUAGUGUUUCAUUUUGAAGAAAUGCACUUAAAGAACUUUAACUAAUUUUCACAAAGUUUUUUGUGUGGGAAUUUCCUACUAUUGGGCUGAGGGCUGGAUAGAGUGAUUAGCUACAGAAUGGGGUGGUGGGGCAGGUCAGAGGUAAUAGUGUCUGCUGUAUUUAAAAGUUAAGGCUUGUCUACAUAGCAACUUACUGUGUGGCAAGCCAGGGUGUUUAUCUACAGUGCACCAACUUGCCACACAGUAACCUCUCUUGUGGACACUGCUAUAGCACAAUGAAAGACCCAGAGUGCAGCUUGGUGUAUUGUGGAGUAAAUUCACACCCUGUCUUGCUGGGCAGUAAUUUACUGUGUAGACAAGCUCUUAAAACUCUUUCAUCCCCUCCAUCCAACUGUCCCACCAACACAACCUGAGUUUUCUCCUUGCAAACUGUAAGGGUUUAAAUCUGUCUGUAUUAAAAUUUUGAUUUUUAUACUUGAAAACUUUAUACUUCUAAAAAGUAUACAAUUAAAAUGUACAUGCUUAUAAUUUUCA